CUCGAGUCAAUUCUGAGAGGACACUGGAGCCGCGCGUGCUGUGCUCCCACUCUCGUCUUUCACAAAAGCUUUUUGUCUUUUUCCGUUUGAUACCUCAUAGAAGUCGCUUCUUUCUUUGUUACCAUGCGUCUCCAGGCCCCCGAGUCCGCCGGCCCCGCCGCCCAGUCCAGCGAGCAGAAGGCCCUCAAGCAGUUUGCGCAAAAGUCCUCCAGCCUGCCUUUCGGCCAGGACGUGGCUUUCUCCUCCAUUGGCGGCCCCACCUACAUUACCGCGCAGACGCUCGUCCAGCACGUCGCCUACGCCCUCUCCGACAAGAUCUUCACCUACUCGCCCGAGACCUUCGACCUCGAUGUUGCGCUGAAGGAAUGGCAGUCGCAGGGCGAGGACAAUGCGUUUGGAUACAAGACUGGCGUCUCUUCGCUCGAGACGAGGACCGGUGCCGGCAAUGUUGCUUUGGGCUACAUCUUCUCCAAGGACUUUGAUGUGGCAAAGAGGCACAUUCCCCAGGCAAUUGUUGCCUCUUCUUCCAGCCUGCAGCAGCUGAGGUCCGCCCUGGACCAGCUGUCGCUGCUGUACGGCGUGUCCAACCCCCUCGUGGCGCACGUCGCCGCUGUCGACUACGCUGCGGGCACCUCCACGGGCCUUGUCACGGACUACUCCACCUCCUUCAACCUCGCGGAAGAGCUCGGCCUUGGCCUGGUUGCCAGCGCCUCGGCCCACGAGAUUCAGCACAUGGCGCUGUUCUCCACCCUCUUGGCCAGCGUUGUCCCUACCAUCCACACCUACGACGGCAUCACCGUUGGCCGCGAGACCACCCGCGUCGUGGACGUUUGCAACAAGACCGGCCUCUUCAAGAACUACGAGGCCAUCCUUAAGGCUACCUCUGAUGUUGAGAAGAAGCACUCUGACAACGAGGGCAAGACCAUUCGCCUGCUGAAGGCCUUCAACGACGAGUUUGGCACCGACUACAAGCUUUUCGAGUACCACGGCCACGCCGAGGCCGAGACGGUCUUCGUCACCUUCGGCACUGUUGAGGCCUCUCUGAGCGCCCAGCUUGCCGAUGCUCUUGCCGCCAAGGACGUCAAGGUUGGCGUCGUCAACGUCCGCGUUUACCGCCCCUUCGUCGAGGAGGUCUUCCUCGAGGCUCUGCCCAAGUCCGCCCAGAACGUCAUUGUUUUGGGCCAGGUCCAGGACCAGGCCGCCGUCACUGACGAGUCCGUCCACUCUGCUCUUUACAGCGAUGUCCUCGCUGCGGUGAGCUUCUCCUCCGAGAGCGCUGCCACCGUCGCCGACCUCAAGUACCCCAGGGAGGAGGUCUGGAGCCCCCGCAACUUCAGCGACCUGUUCUCCAAGUUCGUCCCUGCGGCGGCGCAGGCUGAUGUCGACUUUACGGCCGCUUCUCAGCAGUACACAUUCUGGAACGCCGACGGCUCUGUUGCAGUCGGCGCUCCCGUUGUCAUUGGCCAGCUGUUCUCCAAGGACUCUGCUAGCAAUGUCUCGGUCCGCACUGGUCACGACAACCUCGUCUCGGGCGGUGUCGUUCGCACCGACGUCCGCAGGUCUAGCAAGUCCAUCGAGGCUGCGUACUCUGUUGACGACGCAGACGUCGCCUACGUUGGUGACGAGAAGCUGCUCUACGAGUUUGAUGUCCUCAACAGCCUGAAGGCCGCUGGCGCGCUCAUCGCUCGCCUCCCCGGUGCCAAGGACGAGGAUCUUGAGAAGCGCAUCCCCGUUGGUGCUCGCAAGGGCAUCUUUGGCAAGAACGUCAAGCUGUUCGUCCUGGACCCGACUGCUUCGGCUAACGUCGAGGAAGACGCCGCCCUCGAGUCCUACCUUGUCCAGCUCGCCUUCCUGAAGGUUGCCGAGGCUGACAAGUUUGAUGCUGCGGCCCACAAGCUUGCCACUCUCAGCGGCGGCUCGCUCGACAGCAUUGUCAGCGAUGUUUCCAAGGCUCUCCGCCAGGUCGAGAUCCCCGAGGCCUGGGCUACCGUUGAGCCGGAAGUUGAAAGCAUUUCUCUUCCCACCAACAUUAGCGUCAACAGCUUUGCCGCCUUCGAGCGUGUUGACCCCGAGCCCCCUACCCUGCUCAAGAACUGGGUCACUGCUGCCCAGGGUCUUGCUUUCAAGGAGGCCUUCGGCACGCAGACGGCUCUCCGCCCCGAUCUUGGCAUCAAGACCGCCGUCGUCCACGUCAAGGAGCGCCGCCGUCUCACUCCCCAGAACUACGACCGUAACAUCUUCCACAUCGAGUUUGACCUCGGCAACUCUGGCGUCACGUACGCCAUUGGUGAGGCUCUUGGUAUUCACCACGAGAACGACCCCAAGCACGUCGAGGAGUUCAUUCAGUGGUACGGCCUCAACCCCGAGGAGGUCGUCGAGGUGCCUACCCGCGAUGACCCCAACGUCCUCGAGAACCGCACCGUCUACCAGGCGCUCCUGCAGAACCUCGACAUUUUCGGCCGCCCGCCCAAGCGCUUCUACGAGCAGUUGGCUGAGUUCGCGUCGGAGGAGAAGGAGAAGUCGGCGCUGCUGGCGUUGCUGACGCCCGACGGUGCGCAGGAGUUCAAGCGCCGCGCCGAGGUGGACACUGUGACGUACGCGGACAUUCUGCUGGAGUUCCCGUCGGCGCACCCUGCCUUCCACGACAUCAUCCGCAUUGUCAACCCGAUGAAGCGCCGCGAGUACUCGAUCGCGUCGAGCCAGAAGGUGACGCCGAACAGCGUGUCGCUGCUGAUCGUGACGGUUGGAUGGGUGGACCCCAAGGGCCGCGACCGCUUCGGCCAGGCGACGCGCUACCUGAACAGCCUGCCAGUGGGCGCGCCAGUGACGGUGUCGGUGAAGCCGUCAGUGAUGAAGCUGCCAACCAAAUCGACGGCCCCGCUCAUCAUGGCGGGUCUCGGCACGGGACUGGCGCCCUUCCGCGCGUUCGUGCAAGAGCGCGCCCGCCAGAAGCUCGCCGGCGAGGAAAUCGGCAGCAUCCUGUUGUACAUGGGCUCGCGGCACCAGCGCGAAGAAUACCUUUACGGCGAGGAAUGGGAGGCCUACCAGGCGGCGGGCGUGAUCACGCUCCUCGGCCGCGCGUUCUCCCGCGACCAGCCCCAGAAAAUCUAUAUCCAGGACCGCAUGCGCGAGAGCUUGAAGGAGAUCCGUAAGGCGUAUCUCGAGGAGGGCGGCAGCUUUUAUCUUUGUGGCCCUACCUGGCCUGUGCCGGAUGUUCAGCAGGUGCUGCAGGAGGCGAUUGAGGAGGCGGCCGAGGGCAAGAAGGUCGAUUCGAGACGCGAGAUUGAGGCGUUGAAGGAGGAGGGACGCUAUGUGCUUGAGGUUUAUUAGGUGGGGGGUUGUGUGCG